AUGGCAGGCACAGUGGCACGCGGGCACCUCCUGCACCCGUUGCUCUUCCAGCUCUGCUGCGGUUGUCACGGGCUCCGUGUGUCCAUGAGCACACGUAUCCUCUACACGCUCCUGCAUGUCCUGGCCUCUGCUGUUUGCUGCCUCAUGCUGUCCCGCACUGUGGCCCAGGCUAUCACAGAGAAGGUGCCCUUCUCAGUGGUGCUGUGCCAACACCUGCCUGGGGGCACAGACUGCGAGCAGCUGGUGGGCUCCUCAGCUGUGUACCGGGUCUGUUUUGGUACUGCCUGCUUCCACCUGGCACAGGCUGCCCUGCUGCUCAAUGUGCGGUCCAGCUCUGACCGCCGUGCACAGCUCCACAAUGGGUUCUGGCUCCUGAAGCUUCUGGUGCUGGUGGGCCUCUGGGCUGCCAGCUUCUUCAUCCCUGAGGACAACUUCAUCCAAGCCUGGCACUACACAGGUGUCUGUGGGGGCUUUGCCUUCAUCCUCAUCCAGCUGGUUCUGAUCACAGCCUUUGCACACACCUGGAACAAGAACUGGCUGACAGGCGCUGCACAGGACAAACGCUGGUAUCUGGCUGUGCUGCUGGCCACGGCCAUCUUUUACACCCUUGCCUCUGCCGCCUUUUCCUUCCUCUACAAGUUCUACACCCAUCCAGCUGCCUGCCACCUCAACAAAGCACUGCUUGCCAUCAAUGGCAGCCUCUGUGGCAUCAUGUCCUUCAUCUCCAUCACACCAUGUGUGCGGCUCAAGCAGCCACGGUCAGGGCUGCUGCAGUCCUCAAUCAUCAGCUGCUAUGUGAUGUACCUCACCUUCUCUGCACUGUCCAGCCGCCCCCCAGAGAGAGUGCUGUACAAGGGGCAGAACCUCACUGUUUGCUUCCCGGGGGUGCAGCAGGAUGAGCUGCAGACAGAGGACACCACGGUCGCCGUGCUGGGCGCUGCUAUCAUGUACGCCUGCGUGCUCUUCGCAUGCAAUGAAGCCUCAUACCUCGCUGAGGUGUUUGGGCCCCUCUGGAUGGUCAAAGUCUACAGCUUUGAGUUUAAAAAACCUUCCUGUUGCUUCUGUUGCCCUGAGAAGAUGGAGGAGGAGCUGAGAGGCACCAACCAGACAAGUGAGCAAGUAGAGGAGAGUGCCAGGGGACAGUUCAUCAUCCAGGAUGAGCAGGACCGGGUGGUCUACAGCUACUCAGCUUUCCACUUUGUCUUCUUUCUUGCCUCACUCUAUGUUAUGAUGACACUCACCAACUGGUUCAGCUAUGAGAAUGCAGCACUGGAGACCACCUUCACACAAGGCAGCUGGUCAACCUUCUGGGUGAAGGCAUCCUCGUGCUGGGCUUGUGUCCUGCUCUACCUAUGGCUGCUGCUGAGCCCCUUCUGCCUCCAUGGCUCCGCACAGCACCGGCACAGUGCAGGGCCACGAAUCAUGCGGCGCCGACGUGCUCCACAGCGCAUCAACGUCUCCACAUAGUCCCUGCCAGGACUGAGGGCUGAUCAGGGCUGGUCCCUGCUGUGCCCUGGCCCUGGCUUGGGCAUCCUGGCCUCUCCCGACCCCCUGUCCCAGGAGACAGCAGCAUCUGAGACCCCUGAGGGCAACGUUGGAGGUGGAUGCUCCCAGGGAUACUGGCCCUGUGCCGAGUCAAGGCCACCCUAAGGGCCAGAGCAAGCUGGUAGCAGGUGCUCAGCCCACAUCCUGGUUGCCCAGGCCUCACUGGGGGAGCAGGGCUCUGCCAUGGCUGCCACUGCCUUGGUGCAUUCACUGUAAAUACUUGCUUAAAUACAUUUUUAUAUGAAACUCUGAACUGAGCCUGUGCCAUUGCUCUGCACAGGCUGAUACCAUGGGGGU